ACUUUGAUUUUUAUGUUUUAAAACAAUCAAACUCGUUCUGUAGUUUUUAAUUUCAUAAAAAAAAGAACAUAAAAAACCGAUUUAUUUCUCUUUAUUUAUAUUUUCAUUCUAAUAAAUUUAAACUGCAGUUUAUUUUUUGUUUGCAAAAAUGGGUGGCAAACAUUUUCAUUUUAUAAUAUUUGUUUGUUCGUUUUUGUUCGUUAGCUCUACAACAGCAUUAAAUAACUGUACCAGAAUAUUAAAUCAACUCGGAGAUUGCCAAAGUAAAUAUGUUGAUUGCAUGGUCAAGUACUCUUCACCGGCAAACUCUUGUGUGGGUUGUGUGGAGCAGCACAAGGAUAUGACCCUCAAGUAUAAAGAACUUGAGAGUAAUGUUAAUUGUUCUAAAGAAAUUUUAAACAAAAAUCGUUUGAAUGUUGUGUACAAUAUGCAAAAUACUUUGGUGGAUGUCUGGAAUAAAGGAUUUUGCGAUGAUUGUUUUACGCCUGAUGGUUAUCCAUCAAAUGAAACAAUACAUUUUAUAAACCUUACCAACGCAUUUAAUUUCUGCCUUGCUGACAAGAACAAAACUAAUUCUAUAUGCCGAAUAUGCAGUGGCGCGUAUUUAGAUUUAAAUUUAUUUUACAAACAAAUGGAUGAAACAAAAAAAGGACAAAUUUGUUUCGACACACAAGAUGCAAUGAAUAGAACACGUUCACAUUGGUCGAAAGAUUUGAAUUGUUGUCAUCGAGAGUAUAGUCUUACUUUGUUUUUCAUUGCAAGCUCUUUACUUACCGCACUACCAGCUGUUUUCUAUUUUGGCAUGUUCGGUUAUACAAAACGUAUGGAAAGAAACCAUGAAGUCCUUGAUGCUGGUCUUAAUAAUGACCAUCCCUCAACAUCCACUGGUUUGCAAUCUGCCAGAGUGUCAAAUAUCCAACAACAAUCCGAAAAUGCAGAUAAUUCUUCGAACUUUGAAGACAUUGAUAAAUUGAAAAAACAAAGAGAUUUAUCUUCUUUAAAAAAUCUAUUGAAAGAAAACUCUUCUAAUGUAGAUGAAAAUGAAUCUUUAAAAACCACCUCUUCUGCAAGACCUAAUUCUUCAAAUGAAACUCAAAGUCUCAUUGAUUUAUAAUUAAUUCAUUUCGUUUUUUAAAUAUAGUAUAUAUAAGUUAACAUCUCAA